AGAGGGACAAGCAGAGCUGCUGGGAAAGGCAAAGCCCGGGCUGGGAGGAGAGUGGGAAGGGAAGAGGGCAGCUCCUGGGACACGGAUGGAGCUGUGGAGGUGGAGCAGGAGGCAGGUCACGAAGCGGAGGAAGCGCUGGGACAGCGGCCAGUGCGGCCAGGCCGGCCGCGCAGCUCCAGGUGCUGAGAGCUCCUCCGGCUGGGGAAGGAGCAGGAGCAGAGGCAACCAGGACUGCAGGGACCUCAGCCAGGGCCUGGAGAUCACCUCAGCAGGAGGCUUCAUCCGGCCAAACCGGCUCUUUGUUCUGCCAAGCUGGUGGGAUCCUGCCUGCUCCUUCCUCUGGAAGGCCCCCUGGUCAGCUGAGGAGCCACCAGCUUUACCAGCAUUGCACAGAUUUAACCCAAAAAUGUAAUGGUUUGGAGGAAAUCCAUCUUGGAGGAGAAAAUUACAGCACUUCACUGGCUUCGUCUGAUGAGCCGGGGGUUAAUUGGACCCCAGGUUCUCCAGAGGUGCCACCUGCUGCUCCCUGGAUGGCUCCGAGCAGGAUGGGAAGCAGAGGAGGGUGUGAGCCCCUUCCAGCCAUCCCUGGCCCUGCGUCCACCCGCUGCAGUGCUGGAGCAGCCUGACUCAUUCCCAGCAGGAGGAUCCAAGGCUGGUCCAUGUAAACAGAGCUGGCCCCGGCGCCAGGGCAUGUGACACAGGCAGGAGAGACCAGCUGGAGCCACAGCCCGGGGCUGGUGGCAUCCACAUGUGUGCUAGAGGGAGACCCUCCAGGUCGCACUCAACGAUGUCCCUGUCUGCGCGCCCGCAGCGCCGGGUCCUGGUCACCAAGAUCAAUAGGAGCCAGUCCUUCGCAGGAGUGAACUCGCCGGCCGACAGGCCCUUCAGGAACCUCUCACCCUUCACCCCCACCGUCUCCCGCAAGACUGGCUCCAGGGUCAGUAGGAUGUUCUCAAUGUCCCACAAAUCCCCACCACCCAAGGUGCCUCAGCCCAACCGCCUGGACGAGGUGUAUGAAGCUCUCAAGAAGGGCCUGACAGCCUACCUGGAGGUCCACCAGCUGGAACUGGAGAAGCUCAGCACCCAGAUCCGUGAGUCCAAGAGGAAUUCACGCCUGGGCUUCCUCUACGAUCUGGACAAGCAAGUGAAAUCCAUCGAGCGCUUCCUGCGUCGCCUGGAGUUUCACGCCAGCAAGAUCGAUGAGCUCUACGAGGCUUAUUGCAUCCAGCGGCGGCUCCGCGACGGGGCCCACAACAUGGUGAAGGCUUACAGCUCGGGCUCGCCGGGCAGCCGGGAGGCCCGCGACAGCCUGGCCGAGGCCAGCAAGGGCUACAAGGAGUACACGGAGAACAUGUGCCUGUUGGAGAGCGAGCUGGAGAGCCAGCUGGGCGAGUUCCACGUCCGGAUGAAAGGUGCCGUGUCCUUCUCUGUCCCCAGCCCCGCUACCCGCUGCCUGCUGACCCCCCCUCUGCCUUCUCUUGCAGGACUGGCAGGCUUUGCCCGGCUCUGUGCUGGUGACCAGUAUGAGAUCUUCAUGAAGUACGGGCGGCAGCGCUGGAAGCUGCGGGGGCGCAUCGAGGUGAACAGCAAGCAGGUGUGGGACAGCGAGGAGAUGGUUUUCUUGCCCCUCGUCACCGAGUUCCUCUCCAUCAAGGUGACGGAGCUAAAGAGCCUGGCCAACCAUGUGGUGGUGGGCAACGUGUCCUGCGAGACCAAGGACCUUUUUGCAGCUCUUCCCCAGGUGGUGGCUGUGGAUAUCAAUGACUUGGGCACCCUCAAACUCAGCCUGGAGGUGACCUGGAACCCCUUCGACAAGGACGACCAGCCCUCAGCAGCCAGCACAGUCAACAAGGCCUCCACGGUGAACAAGAGGUUCUCCACCUACAACCAGAGCCCGCCUGACACCCCAUCCCUGCGGGAACAGGCGUUCUAUAACAUGCUGCGGCGCCAAGAGGAGCUGGAGAACGGCAUGGCCUGGUCCAUCUCCUCCGAGUCCUCGGACGACUCCUCCAGCCCCCAGCUGUCUGGCAGUGCCCGCCACGCUGCCCACAAGCCCAUCGUGCAGCCUGAGGUCCAGGCCUCCGCCCCCGCCAUCGAGAUCUCCUUCUCCCAGCAGCCAGAGGAGCCCGGGGCUGCUCCCGGGGCUGGUCCCGGGACCGGUGGCAGCAGCAGCAGCAGCAGCAGCAACGUCCCCCCCUCCAGGAGCCAGCCCGAGGAACCGGGCAGCCACAGGAAGGAUGCGGUGGCCAACGGGCACGUGCCCUACUCCCGGACUCUGAGCCACAUCAGCGAGGCCAGCGUGGAUGCCACGAUGGAGGCCAAGGUGGCAGAGAGCCCCUGGGAGCCUGCGCCCUGCCUGGGGGACGCGGGGACGGGCCAGCGGGACGAGGACGCCCUGCCCGGUGCCUCGGUGGCGGCCACGGCGCUGGCGGGGCAGGACCGGGGAGCCGAGGCCAAGCCCCGCGCCACCGUGGCCUGGGCCACCACCACCUGCCAGGAGGACACUGGUGGGGCAGAGCUGGAGCAGAGCCAGGCUCCAGCACAGGCUGGUCGUGGCACCGGGGCUCCGGCGGCGCCGGCACAAGCCCCCGUGGAGGAGGGACCCACCCCAACCCCACCGCUGCCUGGCGGUGUCCCUGAGGUGCCGCGGGAGAAGGUGGUGGAUUCGGGUCUGGAGGAGGCCAUCGGUCUCCUGGGCUCAGCCCUGGAUGACUAUCGGGGGCAGUUCCCUGAGUUGCAGCCCCUGGAACGGGAGCUCAAGCACCUGGAGGAGAUAUUGCUGCAGAAGCAGGGCAUCUUCCUCAGCCGAGCCUCCAGCAUCAGCCUGACGGUGGAGCAUGCCCUGGAGAGCUUCAGCUUCCUCAACACCUCUGACAUGGAGGACUCGGAGGGCUCUGAGGAGGAGCCCCUCCAUGACGAGAGGAGGGCGGGCAGAGCCCGGCGUGGCAGCAGGGCCCCCAGUGCUGCUGAGGUGGUGGCAGAUGACACCGGCGUGUGCAGCGGCUCCGAGGCCAGCACUGACCCCAUGAGCACUGGCAACGAAUUCCUGGAUAAGGCCCUGGUGCUUCACCUCCACACCUGCAACCGCCUGCUGCUGAAGCUGGGCACCUUCGGUCCCCUGCGGUGCCAGGAGAUGUACGCCCUGGACAGGCUGCUGCGGGAGGCCCAGGUGCUGGAGAUCAUCUGCCAGCUGACCGAGGAGCGAGCAGGAGCAGCUGGAUCUGCUGCUGAAGUGGUGCAGUUCUCAAUGCAGAAGGAGGGCGUGCUGCCCCUCUGGGAGCGCUGCGUGGAGGGGCCCAACCUCUACACCUGCCCCGUGGAGCGGUUCCUGCAGGUGCUCAGCACCCAGCACGCAGCGCCCAUCAGCCAGCGGCACCCUGGUCUGGCUGACACCGUGUGCGUGAAGCUCGUGGAGGACAUCCUGCACCGGCGGCUGCCCCGGCGGCCCGGCAGCGCCCAGGGCGAGCAGGUCACCAUCUUCCAGUACUGGAGCCACUUUGAGUCGCUCGGCGCCCUGGUGCUCGACACCUACAUGAUGGAGCUGGCAGAGGAAGCCCUGCUGGCGCAGAACCUCAACUCAGAUGACCAGGACGUGGUGCUGCGUGCCCUGAAGCGUGUCCCUGAGGGCCGCCUGAAGAAGGAGGGACUGAAGGCCCUGAGCCUGCUCCUCGUGGAGGGCAACAGCAAAGUGGUGAGCGCCGUGUCGGCCCAGCUUCGCAGCCUGGCAGAAAACCCCCGCUUCCGCCAACGGGCUCUCGUGUGCUACCUGGAGCAGCUGGAGGAUGAGGAGGUGCAGACGCGCGUGGCCGGGUGCGCGGCGCUGGGCUGCCUGAAGGCCAAGGAGAGCAUCGAGCAGCUGGUCUACCUGUGCCAAACCGACAAGGAGCCUGUGCGGGAGGCAGCCAAGCAGAGCCUGAUGCUGUGUGGGGAAGAUGGCAAAUCGGCACACCGGCGCCUGGAGGAGACCCUGGACAGCCUCCCGAGGAUCUUUGCCCCAGCCAGCAUGGCCAGUACAGCUUUCUGAGCCGCCACGCACACCCACCUGCCACCCCUCGAGGGCAAAGCCACAGCAGGGCCACCCGCCCGGGCUGGCGGGGCCGCGGGGCCCCUGCCGCGCUCCGCAGCGCUCCCGCCGCGCUCUGCCUUAGGGAGCAGCGCUCCCGGCCCCGCGGGGGUCCCCAGCACCCCGGGCAGGGGGCUGCCUGCACACCCACCCUCCCACAGCGCUAUUUAAACACCACACUCGGGGAGCUUGACCCCGCGCACCCCCCUGGCCCCCAUUCCCUGCCCCCCCCCACCCAUAACGGCUGCUGGGAGCAGGAGAGUCCAGGAUUCCUCUGGGAUUCCUCUGGGAUUCCUCUGGCUCCUCCUUCCUCUCCUGCCCGAGGACCCUGCGGCAGAACCUGCACUUUGGGGACCACGCGGUUUCCUUCCAGGAGUUGCCUGGGCCGUGGGGACUUGGCUGCCCUUUGCCACCUGGAGUUCCCCAGGACUUCAAUAAAAGGAAAGAUGAGAUAUUAUUAAUAUAUUCUGCUGGCGUUUCUUCUUUCCAGCUCCAUGUGCUCCUGUCCCUCCCCGGCUGUGGCUGGAGGGGAAUGUUAGUGGGAUGUGGCCCCAGCCUGGAGACUUUCCUGCUCCAACAGGAAGCACCGUGGAGGGCAGGGGCAGGAAGAGCAACAGAGGGACAGACGGACGGAUGGACAGAAGCUGCCACCUUUUUGUUGUUGUUGUCGUUGUUUUAUUUUAUUUUUUAUUUACAGAUUUUUGCAGAAAAACAAAAGCAAAAAAUUCUUUUCUAUAAUGUCUCUAUAAAUCUAUAUAUAAUGUAAUUACAGAGAACGACUAAUUUUGACUUUAAACCAGAAAUAAAGAGCAACACCUUUAAUGAAGGACA